AUGUUCAAGAUAAUGCAGAACGAGACGCCUGUCACAAACACCCACCUCAUGAUUGCCUACAGGAAAGCAGGAGAGGGGGAGAAAACUCGUGAAGUUACUGGCGUCAUCACGCUGGAAGAUGUCCUUGAGGAACUCAUAAACGCUGAAAUCAUCGACGAGUCCGAUCAAUUUCUGAACAAUGACCAGAGCUCAAGGAUAGAAAGGGGGCGAGCCAACCGACCAGAUGCAAAAGAGUUCAUGAAGCUCUUUGACCACAGAAUGCGGGAACAUUCUAAAAUGUCCGAUGCUGAAAUUCAGGCGGCCGUUGCGUAUCUGCAAUCAGUUCCGGAGUUCCAGAUUACCAACGCGGGCGGACUCCAGAACCUGAUCCAAAAGGCAGAGAUUAUAGAAGUCGAUGGUGCCGAUGAAGACACGAGCUUCGGCGCACAGCAUCCUGGUGCUGGAAAUAGGGCAAGGGGGCAUUGCGAGCUGUACAGGAGCGGCCAGGUGUCCAAGUACUUCUCACUGGUGCUUCAGGGGCGAGUGCUGGUGAAAGCAGGAACGGAAGAAUUCCCAUCGGAGCUGGGACCGUGGGCAUACCUUGGCCUCAAGGCGCUGGUGGAAAAGGACUACUGCCCUGACUUUACUGCCAGUGCCUCGGGACCGUGCAGAAUUUUGAGGCUGUCAAGAGAGCAUUAUUUGAAGGCACAGAAGCUUGGAGAGGACUAA